UUCUGUUUCAUUCAACAAUAGUUACAUUUCUGCCAUGAAAUUAGUGAGUAGAGGAAGAAAACUAGAUGAUUAAAUGUUGCGUAGUAGCACUGAGGAGGUAACGGUCGGUUAUAGUUCAGACGGCGGAACAUGCAGCUGGUCCUCCACAGACCAGCAGUACAGCGGAGCGGCUUCUCGUCUACAGAGAGAUGUAGCAGUGAGCCUGUCAUCCCUGCCCUCCACAAACCGAUCAGACUGUAUCAGCACCGGCUCCGCUCCCUCAUCCACCUCCGCUAAUGCUAAUGCUACCACUGAAACUGCUGCUGUUCAGCCGUACCAAACACCUGCUGUAACAGGUAACACAAGGUCCCAGUGUUACAAUGGUGUGAAUAGAACAAGCUCUAGUUCUUCAUGGACCAGUGGUGUUUAUCGCUCACUAUGCCGGAGUUCAAGCACUCCACAUCUCAGGAGAACUCCAGGCUCAGCCUCUCGUGGACCAGCACUUCUAAGAGAAAUUAACAUGACAACUUCCUCAUCUGCAACUGUGUGCCAUGCUGCAUCUGUGAUCGUGGCUGUGGUUGAGGGUCGUGGGUUGGCCAGAGGAGAGAUUGGCAUGGCCAGUAUCAACAUGAAAUCCCCUGAAUUGGUCCUGUCCCAGUUUGCAGACACUGGAACUUAUGCCAAGGUAAUUACCAAACUUCAUAUCCUGAUGCCACUUGAGAUUCUGAUGCCAGACACUGCUUGUGACAAAGGCCAAGCAACCAAACUCUACAACCUCGUCACUGAGAACUUUCCGUCUGUAGCAUUCAGUGCUAUUCAGAGGAAGUACUUUAAUGAAAGGAAAGGAUUGGAAUACAUCCAGCAGCUUUCUGCUCCUGAGUUCAACACUGUUCUAAUGGAUGUACAAACCAAAUACUACUGUCUGGCAGCUGCAGCUGCUCUUCUUAAGUACUUUGAGUUCAUCCAGAACUCUGUCUAUGCUCCCAAGUCUCUGAAAGUGAGCUUCACAGGCAGUGAGCAAACAGCUAUGAUUGACACUUUGUCAGCCAGUCACCUGGAGCUAGUGAUUAACAACAGGGACCACAGGAGUGAACACACUCUGCUUGGUGUCCUGAACUACACCAAAACACCAGGUGGUGAGAGGAGGCUUCGCGCUAACAUUCUGGAGCCUCUGUUGGAUGUUGACACUAUUAAUACACGACUGGACACCAUACAGGAACUGUUGCAGGAUGAGGAACUCUUCUAUGGUCUCAAGAGUGCAAUUGCACACUUCUUAGAUAUAGAUCAGCUGCUUUCUGCUUUGGUGCAGCUCUCUAAGCAAGAGACGGUGGAAGUGGCUGAAGCGAAAAUAAUGCAUGUCAUUCAGCUAAAACACUCUCUAGAGCUGAUUGCACCACUUAAGAUGGCACUAAAGGAAGCUAAAACAGCUUUGCUAAAAGCAUAUUACACUUCACUAGAAGACAGCAGGUUUGUCAGCAUUUUGGAUCACAUCAAAACAGUGAUUAAUGAUGACACCACCUACAUGAAAGGCAGUUUAAACCUGCGCACUCAGAAGUGCUAUGCUGUGCGUCCUAAUGUCAAUGAAUUCCUAGAUAUUGCAAGACGAGCCUACACUGAGGUCGUGGAUGACAUAGCAGGAUUAGUAAAUCAGCUCGGAGAGAAGUACGGCCUGCCUCUGCGCACUAGUUUCAAUUCUGCUCGUGGUUUCUUUAUCCAAAUGAGGCUGGAGGGUGUUGGCUUGCCUGAUGGUCAGCUUCCAGGAGAGUUUAUUAAAGUAACUAGACAGAAAAACAAUUACAGCUUCACCACUUUAGACCUGAUGAAGAUGAAUGAUCGCUGUGAUGAAGCCCUGAAGGAGAUCUUUCACAUGUCUUACAUGGUGGUGUGCCGUUUACUGAAUGGAGUAUAUGAACAGAUUCACUGUUUGUAUAAGCUGUCUGAUGCUGUGUCCAUGCUAGACAUGCUGCUCUCCCUGGCCAAUGUUUGCACAAUCUCUGAUUAUGUGCGCCCUGAGUUUACUGACACUAUGGCAAUAAAACAAGGUCGCCAUCCUAUCCUGGAGCGCAUUGGUGGCCAGCAGCCUAUCCCUAACAACAGCUAUAUCUCAGAGGGAAGCAACUUUGUAAUAAUCACAGGGCCCAACAUGAGUGGCAAAUCCACCUACCUUAAACAGGUUGCCCUCUGCCAAAUUAUGGCUCAGAUAGGAUCAUUUGUGCCUGCUGAGUAUGCUUCCUUCCGAGUGGCUGAUCAGAUAUUCACCAGAAUUGGAGUAGACGAUGAUUUUGAGACCAACUCCUCAACUUUUAUGGUUGAGAUGAGGGAGGUGGCAUACAUAAUACAUAAUGCAAGUGAGAGAUCACUUAUCAUUAUUGAUGAGCUGGGACGUGGCACUAGUGCUGAAGAGGGUAUUGGCAUAUGCCACUCAGUUUGUGAGUUUCUCAUCAAUCUGAAGGCAUUUACUCUGUUUGCCACCCACUUUCUGGAGCUGUGUAAUUUGGAGACGCUUUAUCCCAAUGUGGAGAACCAUCACAUGAAGGUUCAGCACAUGCGUGACAGUAAAAACAGCACAGAUAGUGUGGUGUACACAUACCUUCUGACCCGAGGCUUUUUUGAGGAACGCAACUAUGGUAUAAAAGCAGCAGAGAUUACAUCAUUUCCACCAUCCAUCAUCCAGGAGGCCAAGUCUAUUGCAGCAAAAGUCAGCCAAAAGUUAUGGGCCAAGCAUAACAGUGAUCCAACUACCCUGCGACAAAGAGCAGUGUAUCAUCUUGCCACCAGAUUGUUGCAGACGGCUCGAAACUCCAGGCUGGAUCCGGAUAGUUUGCGGCUCUAUCUGAAGGGUUUAAAAAAACACUAUGAGGCUGAGUUAAAGGAAGGUUUACAGUGCAUAACCAUGGAGCAGUAAAGCACUUCACAUACAGACUGAUGAAAAUGGCCUGGCUUUGAGUUGAACUUCUCUAAUUAGCAAACCCAGUAUUACAGCCAGUAACUGAGCAAAAAUAUGUUGUAUUAGUCAAUUGUUUAUACUUAAAAUUUUAGGCCAGAUUGUUUAUUUUCUGGUAGUAUUAAGGAAGAGAAAUAGUUAGCCUGAUAAGCAAGUGACUGUCUGGAGACCAUAAAUAACUUAAUGUAUUGCACUGAUAACGUAGUUUUUGUGUGUGUUGUAGUUAGCUUUUUCUGUAGAUUGUUGUUUAGUGAACAAAGGUUUUCAAACUCAGUUUUCAUGAGACUUUUAGACUUUUACAAACCAUUAAUAUGAAGUUCUACUUAGUUAUUUUCCUGUAUUGUCUUUAAUCUUAUUGCAGUUUUAUAUUCCUAGACUAUUUUUUAUUGUGGACACUGAUUGUAAUUGUCCAGCAUAAACGUGUGAGUAGAUGUCAAAUUGGGAUGCAAGUGAAUGCUCCAAAAAUAUGCUCCAAACAUAAAAACUAUACUAUUUACAAAUA